AUGGAAACGAGUAUAGAUCCUCAUACUUCUGAAAGAAGUGAGCUCAUUGAGCUUGUCUUGAGCGAUUCAGGCGACGUCAAUUCGCUCGAGUCCUCCUCCAGCGCUGCUCUACGUGUUUCUCACUCACCUCGCGGGGCAUCACCCCUGCCUCCUUCCUACCAUGAUUCCUCGUCCGCUCAGGAAUCCCUGGCCGAUCGGAUGCCGGAAGCGGCUCCAGAAGUCGUAACCUGGACUGAAGAUACGAAUGUCAAUAAACCAGAGGAUCCGUCCCUCAUGGACACAAGUCUCGCCGAGUACGUCUUCAACUCAUCAACACGUCUCUCCCUUAUUGAGCACGAGCCCUGCCCCUUUGAGGAGACUCGCCAGGAAGACGAUGCUCCCCCCCUGCAAGCUACCGAUGAAUACAGCGCCGUCGACUCCUUCAACUCGUCCCGGUCGACGAUGACGGAGCUCUCGGACGUUUCAUCACUCCCUCCAUCGACUUCGAGCAAAUCUACUACACCGGCCGAAACGGACGUGGCCCGGCGCCAUCAAGGCGACGACCAGACUCUGCCUUUCACGCCGCCGUCGUAUAGCUGCAGUGCUGACAGACUCACCUUCACCGUUCUUCCCAAAUCAUCAGUCCCUGCCGACAUUCCCUCCUAUCAAUACGCGGCCGAGUGCAUCAUCGCAGCAGAAACGUCACGGCUCAACCCCUACGCGCUUCACGCCGAAGAAUACCAUCUCCUCCGACAGCACAUAUCUCACAACCAAGUCACGACGUAUUUGAACAUCAGAAACGGUAUCUUGCGUCUUUGGACGAGGCGCCCUUGGAUCGCCGUCACCCGACGGGAAGCCGUCGGUUGCGCAAACGCUCGCUGGUUCGACGCUGCUAGUGUCUGUUACGACUGGCUCGUUCGUCGAGCCUUCAUAAACUUCGGCUGCACCCAGCUACCCGAAAGAGCGGCGAACGGUCACAGUGAUGCACCAGAGGCGAAGAGGCGAAAGGUAGUCGCCGUCGUCGGCGCUGGCAUCUCUGGCUUGGCGUGUGCGAGGCAGCUCGAGGGCCUGUUCAACGUGUACUCUGACCAUUUUUACGACAUUGGCGAAGACAUCCCAAAGGUCGUCGUCCUCGAGGGGCGCGGCCGUGUGGGCGGCAGAGUGUACUCGCGCGAAUUCAAAAGCAAGCCUGGGGGUGAGCAAUUAGACUUUGACGGCAAACGGCAUACAGCCGAGAUGGGUGGCAUGAUCAUUACCGGCUUCGAUCGCGGGAACCCCAUGAAUGUCUUGGUGCGUGGCCAACUGGGACUGCCUUAUCACACUCUCUCGGCGGAAACCACAAUAUACGACAGCAAUGGGAAGCCGGUAGAUGCGGUCCGCGACGAGCUCGUCGAGAAGCUAUACAACGACUGUCUCGACAGAGUAAGCGAGUUCAAGUACAAGACGCAGCCACCUAGAGUCGUCGAGGGCAAUCGCGGCCUCCUCGACGCCGGCCGCGACAGCGUUGGCGACGGGAGUAAGUCCAUCGCGCAGGCGGAGAAGGCGUCCAUAGCACUUCCUCAUGUUUCGUCGGCAUCUGUGCACAACGCUGCCGGAAAUGUUGGGCUGUUUCCCAUGUCCGCCGAUAAGCUGACCGGCCGCGUGCACAAUGAACUUGGCGUAUCCGGAGCCCUCAAAUCGACGGAAAAGGCGAAGCGAAUGGGCUGGCAGCUGAAGCCUGGGGCGCAGCAUGAGUCCGAGGUUGACCUCGGCGAUGGAGCGGCGCUGAAAGAUGCAACCUUGGGAUCCGUUCUCGACUUGGCCAUUGAGCAAUACAAAAAGCUCGUCGACUUGAACUCGCAGGAUCAUCGGCUCAUCAACUGGCACAUAGCCAACCUAGAGUAUAGCAACGCGACGAAUGUGAAUCAUCUGAGCCUCGGCCUGUGGGAUAUCGACGCUGGCAAUGAGUGGGAGGGCCACCACACGAUGGUCGGCGGCGGUUACCAGAGUGUCGCUCGUGGUCUCUUGCACUGCCCAUCCUUGCUGGAUUUGACAACCAAAUUCCCCGUCAAGAAGAUCCAGUACCACAGCGACGACUUCUUGGGCCCGGCAAAGAUCGAGUCGGAGGACGGCGUGGUUGUGGAGGCAGACUGCGUCGUCUGCACAGUUCCAUUAGGUGUGCUGAAGCAUGGCAGCAUCGAUUUCGAACCUCCACUGCCGGCUUGGAAAACGAGUGCCAUCGACCGUCUGGGCUUUGGCAUCCUCAACAAGGUCGUCUUGGUCUACGACAAGGUCUUUUGGGAGGAGGAUAGGCAUAUUUUUGGCGUGCUCCGGGAUGCCCCCGAUCGACACAGCACGUCUCAACGGGAGUACCGUUCGAAUCGGGGACGUUUUUUCCAGUGGUUUAACGUGUCAAGCACGACCGGCCUGCCCUGUCUCAUCGCCCUCAUGGCUGGAGACGCCGGCUUCGAGACGGAGCAUGCCAGCAACGAGUGUCUGAUCGCAGAGGCUACGAGCAUCCUCCGGGGCUUGUUUGGUCAAGACGUGCCGUAUCCGGUAGAGUCGGUCGUUACGCGCUGGGGCGCUGACCGAUUCGCACGGGGCAGCUACUCUUCCGCUGCUCCCGGUAUGUUGCCGGAAGACUAUGAUACCACGGCUCGGUCCAUUGGCAACCUCUUCUUUGCGGGUGAGCAUACGAUUGUGACGCACCCCGCAACGGUCCAUGGCGCCUAUCUUUCUGGUCUCCGAGCCGCGUCUGAGGUUCUAGAGGCCAUGGUUGGUCCAAUAGAGGUUCCUACGCCCCUCGUUCUGCCACGGGAUUCAUUGCUGCUGCACAGGCGCAAGGAGGCAGCCAAGGACCCUGAACAGGCACGGCUAGAUGCCUACGAAGUUCAAGUCUGGGGCUACAUCCACUCGCAGAUCGGGGAACGGCCGGUUCGACCCUGCAAGGUCACUGGGAACCCAUAUCUCCUCUACAGCAAGGCACACUUUGAAGAUGCGAGAAGUCGAUGCGAAGAGAACCGCAAGUCGACCAAGUCGCGGGGAACACCUAAAGAGGUGCGGAUGAUGACAGCCAAGAUGUGGAAGCAUGCGACGGCAGAAGAACGUAGACCAUUUGAGGAGCAAGCUGCCGAGCACAAGCGGAUGUACGCCGAGGCCAUCCAGCAAUUCACCGAAUCUUCUCAGGCCUGGGACAGCAAGGCCGCCUCCCUGCUGACAAUCUAUGAAAAGGACCACCCGAUCGUGCCGGGUCCAGAUGAGAUGAGACGAGGAAACGAUAUUCCCUCCAUGUUCCAAAAGUAUCGUCGUGCGAAGCACGUCAGUUAUGCGGAGGAGCAAGACAAUAACAUGGAACUUUAG